UUCACAGCCAAAAUGUGCAUAGUUUUCUCCUGCGCCGCGCCGCAUUUUACUAGGGUUUGUGUUUUCUAUUGAAGGAAUUUUAUUAACCUCAUCGUUGCCAUUCAUUGAGCUCGCGAUAGGUCACUCACGUUCACACACGCGCGCAUAGAUUGCACUCACGCUCCGGUUGAACAUUAGUCAUCUGAACUAUUGACUAUAUUAUUAAAAAGAAUAAAUAUUUCUCUGCGAUUUUAAAAAAUACGCAUGGGCAAUAGAAUCUUAAAUAAUGGCGAUAGAAUUAUCUGGAAUAUAACAUUUCAGUAAAAUACAAAUAAAAAAGACCAUUCAGUUAGCUCGUGCGUAUGGUGAAACAUGUAUGUGUCUGUACAACACACGGCUAUUAUGAAUGUUUUGUCCAUUAAUUAUGGAAUACUGAUGAAAGUAGCUGAUCACUGACGGCAUGUAUGAGCGUCUGAUGCGUUUGAUGACAUGGGGAGGCAACACCAGCCUCACGCGCCUGCCUCGAGCUAACCAAUGACUCAACUUUUGAUUAGUCUGGCUAAUUAUUCAGACUCUCUCACUGGUUAUGCAGCACAGUCAUCACAUGGCAAUUAAAGUUGGGGUCUUUUUUUUUUUUUUACUGAUGUCCUCUGCUGUUUGACAGUGGGCAAUGAUGAGCAAUGCAGUGGCGCGUUGGCGCAAGUCUUUCGACUGUCGUUGUGCGCGAGACGGUGGCGUGUAAUGUGGAGAUGUUUAUGUUGUGACAGCCGCGAUUAUUCACGGCACACGCAAAGAACGGACAAAAAUACGCACGCUGCUCUGCCUAAACACGCACAUGUGGCAUUACGGAAACGCGGAUAUUUAUAAGGACAGGGAUACUGAAUGGUUCUCUUCUUUACGCAGAUGGUGUGUUGUCAUGGCGACUGACAGGUAAUCAUGCAGACUGCUAGGCCAAAGAUUGCCAUGGAAACAUGCAGUUUGAGAAUGAGAUGAGAAAUCACUGAGAAAAUCAAUGUCUAAGGGAUAAUACAAAGCAUAGCCACAACAGCAGACAUGACUGUAUGAAGCCCGGUGGUCAAAUUCAUUGUAGCCAAGAACAACACAGUGAGAGGAAAGAGUGUACUCAAACAGGCUUCCUGCUGAAACGGAACCAGCGCACACUUGGACUUAAUACAGAAUCAUUACAGAUAUAUAUACAUAAAUACAUAGAUCUUGAUCUACAAUCUUGGGGUAAUGAGCCACCUGUCAGGUCGCUCUGGCAGUGUUCGUUUGGCUUGUGACGCUCUGGCUGACAAGGACUACAGUAAUGCUGAGGGCCCCUCUCCAUGGGAGGGGGAUGAAGAGUCUGGGGGCACAUCUGUAGAACCCACUGGCUCUGAUCCAGCCAACUCACUACAUUACAGCCUUUUUUCACCUCCCUCUUUAGCUAAUGGCCUGCGAAAUCAUGAAAACCAGCUUCAACAUAAGACAAGGAGACGGAGGCAUGGAGAAUAUGUGGAGCAAAUACACACACAUGAACAAAUGCACAUUCAGCAAAACACACAACCACAGAUGAACACACCUCAGCAAUCACACCCACUCACACAGACAAGCACACACCUGCAGCCUUGUACACACAUUCCAAUGGAUACGAAUAUGUGGAUGGACACAAAAAUACUAACACACAAGCGCACACAAAAGGACAUAUGCGCACCCACGGGCAGUGGCUCCUCACUUUUGGAGCUGGACCCUUCCCUUAUCCCAGAGGAUUUGUCUUUAACUCCCAAAACUGAAACACAUAAUCUCUGUGUUCAGUCACCCCCUUUGUUACACACCACACCUCCCCCAAAGAAUCUGACACCUCCCCAAUACAACCCUUUGUCUUUACUCAAGGAGGAGAUAGAGCACAACUCAACAUCUCCACUAGAAAUCGAUCAUAUCACCAACCUGGAUCACAUACGUUUAACAGGCCAAACCACUGUCAUGACCUCUGUAGAGGGUGAGAGGAAGUAUACCCUGCGGAGCUCUGGUCGGUCACGUUUCCCCUGCCAUCUUCGGAAAUCAUCCCGUUUACGUAGAGCUGCUGAGGAAACCAUGUUUAAAAGAGAACUGGACCAAAAGGAUGAAGAGGAGGAAAAUAUAGUCUGUAGAACAGAGGACAUUAGGCCAGUGGAGGAUCAUCCUCCAGAGGUGGGUGUGGCAGCCUCAUGCUUUGAGGUUUUAUCAGCGCCAGCCAUUGCAGCAGAUGUUACACCAAGUCAUAUAAUGAAAACUUCAGAAGGAGAGGGCAUUGUUACUCACCACUCAGUUAGAGGAAGGCAACAGGCACGUUUUACGGGUGUAAGAAGGAUUGUGGUGAAAGUAGCCAGAAUACCUGUUCACAUGAGCCGACGACACAAAAGCUACAAGAUCUCCUCAUUGGAGUCGGUGUGUGCUGGAUCCCAUGGGGAGGGGCUUGAGAGAGGUUUAGGUGGUGAGUCAGGAGCUAAUGUUCCCAGAGAGCCCACUGCUCUUCUCCACAUGAAAAACAAUGGAAAGAGUGUGAUGGUGAUGUUUCCACCCGGAAAACUUCCUGUCAUCUUGAAGCGGCGUAGGGGACGCCCUCCUAAACAGGCAUUACCAGGGCAACCUGACAUGCAUGAGACCAGAGUAGGAGCAGCCAGUGCAGCAGAGCCCAAAAAAAUAAGGAGGCGACGGACAGUAAAGCUACCAUCCCCACAGCCCUCAUAUGUUAAUGAUACCAAUGAUGUUAAAGUAGAAUAUGCAGAUGUUCUCUCUAAACUGGCCUUCUUGAACAGGCAACCUCCCAGUACUGGCCGCUGCUCCCCUCCACGCUGCUGGACCCCAACAGAACCUGAGACUUUUCAUAUACCACCAGAAAAUCCAUCCCUUUCCACUAUUUUGCACCGUCUCACAGGGUUCCGCAGGAGAGGUGGUCGUGCAGGCUGUAUGGGGAGUAGGGGAGGGGGUGCUUCUGGAUCUUCUGAAUCCUUUAAGAGGUCAUUCAGUGACUUCUUUGAAACAAUUGGCAAGAAAUGGAAAGCCACCACAUCUGAACUAGGAACUCCUCGAAAAAGAGGCAAAGGAGUUACUAGGGGAAUAACUAGGGCAUCUUUAGGUGACUCUGCACAAGGGGAGAAAGUUAGAAAACGGCGGUCACGAAAGAAUGGGGCAUUAAAGAAUGGACCGAAUGCUCAAGAACAAGACUGGCAAAAUGGGAACAGUGGUUGGAUAGGGAAAGCUGACAGAGAUAUUUCUGAGAAAGCAAGUAGUUAUCAGAGUCUUUGUUCCCCUCGAGGAAGUUUUCAAACCAGUGAAGCUAUUAAGGGGGGGAUGUACCACAGCCCUGGCAUGAGAGGGAUGGGCAGUGGAGAGGAGUCUCAGGGUAUGUUUGCAGGAUACUUUCGUUCCCUACUUGAUUCUGAUGACUCCACUGACUUGCUAGACAUCUCUAUGUCCAGUCCUGCUGGACGUCAGGAAAGCCAUAAACUUACCCCAGGAUAUGAGGGUGGCAGCCCAGGUGCAGCCCACCCUUGGUCUACUGCCUUUUCUAAAAGAAGUCCUAAAAGAGCAGCCUGUCUUGGGGAAGGGGCCCCAUUACACUCACCCCAAACUCAGGCCAGCUCAGCAACUAACCCCUCAUACCCAUAUAGUGGUUCACAGCCUUCUCCCACCCCAUCCUUCACUAAAUCCCCUGCUCUCUUGCUUUCCCGUUCACCUAGUUCUCCCCAUCCAUCUGGAGGUUUUUCUGAAAACCCACCUAGUUAUAGUGCUGGGGUCCCUCAAGGAGGAAGUAUUCACCCUCUCCCUCAACAGCAGCAACAACAGCAACGGCCAAGUGACUGUAGCUAUGCAUGUGGCACAAAAACUCCCUCUGUUCCUUCAGCACAGUGUCAGAUGAGUUAUUCCAAUUACCAGGGUUCUGCCAAGCGAAAUUAUAGUGGAUAUCCAGGCCCACCCCAUUCAACCAUACUGCGAGGAGACUCUGGUCCAACCUCACCAGGAGGAAGCUAUUUGUCAAUGUCAAAGUCUAGCCCCUACACAUUAACUUCCUCUCUCCCUGACGGUUGUAGACAAUACACCUCCACAGCACAGUGGGGGUAUAGACAAGGGGGAAAUAAUUGGGGUGGUGAUACAUAUGGGACUCAUCAGCUUCAUGGUUACUCUGACUAUGGCGUUGCCGGAAAUGGUUCAGAAUCCAAAGACAUUUUGGACAUCUCAAACUACACACCCCAAAAAGCCAAACAGCGUCCCUGCCCUGAAACUCCCUCUGAAUCCUCCUCAGACUCUUCUCAUACUGGUGGAGGGGGGAUGGGUGCAAUGGGGGGAGCAUUUCGCCCAAGGGAUGUUCCUAUGCCUGAGGGGCAGUCUAGCCUUUCAAGCCUGGAGAAGCUAAUGCUUGACUGGAAUGAGAAUUCGGCAGGCCCCUCUUACAACUGGAGUCAGAAUGUACUAUUCCAAGGGGGGACAAAACUAGGUCAUGGCCGAAGGAAAAAGUCUGAGAUACACAAUGAGAAGGAAGCAUGUUCUGUUCCCCCAGGAUCCCCUGCCAGCCCUCCUAUGCAAGGAGGAGGGCCAAAACGUAGUGCUACAGGUGGAAGACAACCCAGGGGAGCCAGAGGCAGGGGAGGAUUCUCAUCUUGCCAAAGAGAGCGACAACCACCACAAAAAACAAAAACUCAAAAGCCUACAGCCUCAUCAGAGUCAUGUCAGAUGGGUUCAGGGGGUGUAUACCAGGAAGCAUUGGACUACUACAGUGGAGACAGUAGCAGCCUGUCACCUCUCAGCCAUGCCCCAGAGUCGUGUGAAUACCCCUCCCCAUAUUCUGUCAACACUUCUACUCCCUCCUCAGAUGAGCGAUUUGCUCAUAUCUACCCUCCAGACUCUGCCUCUGUGUCUCCUAGUUUAUCAAACCAGUCAGAUGUCCUAAAGCAGUACCCUAAACCUGGGCCUCCCUCACAGACUUAUGGCCAUGUGGCCAGGACUUUCAGCCCAACCCUGUCCCCAACCCCUCGCCUCUUGCCACAGUGUGGUUCCGCCAUGAGUCCACACCGGGUUCCAAAAGACCAGUUAACCCAGUAUGAUUCCCCCAGUUAUAGUGGCUCUCCAUGCUGGUAUGGGCAAGGAGGAAGUGUCGCUAGCAGUCCCCAAACCUUUGAAGAACAGCGACCACCAGCAGUCUCUUUGUUCCCCCACAAACGGGACAUGCCAUUGAUGGUCUCUGGGAUGAGGGUUCUGUCCAAUUCAUCGUACCCCUCCCCUUUACACAGAGGCCCUACCACAUCCACUUUAUGUGUGAGUGGAACUCUGGAUUCUUCCUCUCAGCAUGAAGAGAUGGGUUACCAUGGUAACUUGGAAAGCUAUGCACCCCUUGGACACCGUUAUGCACCCCAAACUGCCCGGGGAGGGGUACUCUGCCAGCUUCUUGACCAGCCCAGCGAUGAAGGAUUCACAGUUACCAGCCUGUAGCUGGAAUUAUCAUGGCAUUGCUGAAGAGAUGAAAUGGACCCUUUUCAUAUUUUUAAUAUUUUUUAAAGGAUAAGCUUUGGAAGACACUUACUGAGUUGAGACUGAGGAGUUUCACAGCUAUGGACUAAAUAAAGACUUCUCCAGCAGUGACAAUCAAGAUCAAAAUUCAGACACAUGUACAGACACACACAUAAACACACAUGCACCAACGCACAAACACAUUCUAUCUCCACAAUACAUUCACAUGUACUUGCUUAUAAACUUUCAUAUGCUGACAUGCAACUGCAAAAGCAUGUGCGAAUAGACAUACACUCACAAAUUAACAUUGCUGCACAGCUUGGGCUAGGCAUUUUUUGAAAGGACCGAAUGGACACUGCUAGUAUCAUGAAGAAACCAAUUUGCUGAAAAGCAGGGAACAACAUGUCCUUUUCUUUAGAGUGUAACUGUGCAAAUGUGAAUUCCACAUUUUAGUAAUACCCAAAAACUAAACUUUUUGUGCGAGACCACACAAAAGGUUUUUCAUCCUGUUCCUUUUUCUCUGUCUGGUUUUAGUCUCAAAACCUCCUCUGAUUAUGUCACAGAGGAGAUCAUUUACUUUAUCCCUAAAGGUCCACUUCCUUCAGCAUCUAUAAAUUAUGACACUGCACAAACUUUGCCAUCUUCUCACUCCAAGUUCUAUCUGUUUUUUAAAAGCCAGCACUUGUACAUAAGCUACUCAAACAGUUCCAUCAAUAGAGGAGAUCAUUGCAAUGAAACAACAACAGAAACAGAAAGUUCAGCUAAAAGAGAUAUGUUAAAGCAACAAUGUCAUGAGAGUGUUUCAGAACUGCUUUAAGGACACAUGAGGGGGAUACCAGUUUUAUUUGGCUUUAUAUAGUUUAGCUUGGGUCUGUACAAGUACAAUUUCAUUAAUCUUUUUUUAACAAUGGCCUGGUCUGGUUCAACAGGAAUGUUUCUCAAUUUGAUCCCCUUAACCAUCGCUCUGAACCUGCAGCAUGGUCACCUUGUACCCAACAUCCAGCUCUCAUUCUUGUGUUUUUAUCAUCACAGGAGGACAAAAACCCAUGCACUGGCCCCAAAAGAUGCUGUGCUUGUCAAGAUAUUAAGAGGCCAAGGCACUUUCCACACUUGAAACGAUCCUGGAACUCAGGGUGUGGACAAUGCAUAUUCUCCUCCCCAUCCUCUUUUUUCUUUCUUCCCUCUGUUCGUAUUUCUUGUGGUCCGCUGAGUCGUACAGUGUUUUUUUUUUUUGUUAUUUUUGUGAUGAAAUAUUGUAUCUGUCUGUUCCAUAUACUGUAUCUGAGGUGAAAAUAUUUAAAUACACAUUUUGUUCUGAUCAUUGUUUAAUUUUGUCCUGCCUCUGAUCUGUGGUUUGGAGAAAUUAGAUGAAUAUGAAACUUGGUCCAUUGGUGGCCAAGUAGGGUAUACAUUUCCUACUUGGCCACCAAUGGACCCUUUCCUUAGUUUCAUAUUAACAUAUCAAUGGAUAUUAACAUUUAACAACGUGUCAGUUCACGUUCAGUUGCCUGUUCAAUUAGUUGAUAAUCAAAAACAUAGAUUAUUAAAACAAUAAAGCUUUAAAAAUGAUUCACUCUAGAUAAGACGUAUCAAUGAGUUUGCGUGCCUGGGCAUGAACAACCUGGAUAUCCCACAACAUUUCUUAUCAAAACAGUUCUGUUUUCUGAGAGCAGUUUCUUUGGCUUGUUUGUAUUCAGGGCUGUGCAGCACCGCUCAGGCAUUUGGAACGAGGCAAUUGCGCUUUGGGCUUCAGACAUUAUCACAGUUUAGAUGAGUACACCAGUGGAGAUGUGAGACAGAGAAAAUGACUGUGUGGGAAUUGUGGAAUUUAUGGAAAUAAAGUAAUUCGAGUG